CAAUCAUCUUCCACCAGACAAUCGGACUGUGCGAAGGAAAGAAAAGCAAAAAGCAAACCCAUCGAAAGUCAAAACAAACACACGCACCCAGACCAUACGAAAGGAAACGAAGCAAACGCAUUGUAUCGCAUCGCAAUCGCGCCGCACCAAUCUCCCUCCCACACUACUCGACUCGACUCGACGCGACGCCCCGCCAAAGCCCACCAUGCAGGAGGAACCGCCCCUGACGGAGGAAGCCGUGCGGAACGAGAUCGUCUCGUACGCACAGCAGCACCCCAACGACUUUGGGAUCACCACCGACGGCCGGGAGCGCAUCCCGAUGAAGAAGCUCAUGAAGCUCUUUUCCAUCAAGAAAAAGUCGCCCAUGGAGAAGCAGAAUCUCUUCCGGGUCAUCGUGAACAAAAUCUGCGACCUCGAGAUGAUCGAGGACGCCAAGGUCCUGGUCCUUAAGGAAGGAGUCCUCGAUCUUUCAGCCCAGGGACUCGGUGCCUCCGGCGGUGGCAGCGGGGACCGUUGCUUUGAAGACGAGGCCUGCUCCCAUUGGAAGCUGGGCUACGGAGAGGCCGCUCCCACCGUUUCCGACGGCUACAGCCACAGCAACGACCACGGCAAAAGCCACACGCGCGGAAGGACCGCCAGCAUCCCCGAGCCGUACUAUCCAAAGCCGAACCCAAACCCGGGCAACCUCAACCACCAGAGGAGGCACGCGAGGCGGGGGUCCCGCCGCUUCCUCCCCCCCCACUCGACCCACAGCGGCAACCUCAGCGUCGCCACGGUCGAUUCCAUCGGCGUCUACUCGAGCACUUCCGGCGACGGGAACAGGAUCGGCAGCCACAGCAGCCACAGCAGCCACAGCGGAAGCAGCGGCCACAUGCAGCGCCGCAUCGGGUACCGCCGGAGGGGCUCGGUCACCCGCUACUCGAUAUCGGCGCAGAACGCCGUCCUGGACGAGUACCAGAAGCACGAGGACGUCCUCAACCAGUUCCGGAAGGACUCGGCCAAGAUCGAGAGCUCGAUGCGAAGCCUUAGCAUGGGAACCGGCCGGACCACUCCCGGUCCCCCCGCGGCCCACGGGGCAACCGGCGGCGGCUCGAACCACUCGUCGAGGCGGUCGGGGUCCGUGGGCCCGAGCGAGGACACCAGCGGUCGGUCGCCGAGGCGGCGGUACAAGCAGGCCCCCCAGGAGCGGCCGAAUCCGAACCCGAAUCCGAACAAGGCGGCAAGCGCCGUGCGGCGGUUCUUCCGCCGCGGCCGCUUCUCGCUCGCCUUUUGAAGACACCAAGCGGCAAAGGGGGCAGAACCGGAACGGAGCGAGCAGAGCAGAGCAGAGAUACGUGGAUUGGAUCCGGAACGGGAGUCGGAGGUGGAAUUGCACGUGCAUUUGAUAUGGGCAUGGAUGGAUUAUGUGUCUCUGCAAUCCUGUUUGAUCCAUCACACGCAUCUACUAUCUUGACGAGGCCAAGCGCAAACCAGACAAUGCAUUUCUGCAAACUAGAAUCACCAAGACAUGCUGGCAAUGUGGGUCUAGAGUUCUUUGCCAGUUGUAGACUUUCUUACAAGCAUGCAGCCAAACCCAAGUGUCCAUGAUGAGCACACUUUAGACAGGCACGCAGCAAACGAUUGUUUUUAUAUUUUUCAUUAGAAUCGAUUCGAUUCGAUUUGCAGGAUUCGCCACCGAUAUCCAUCUGCGAACCCACAACGCAUUGUGUUGCAUUGCAUUGCAUCGCACGGUGCGUACCAAGUACCGAACGAAGCAACAAAGGAAAAAAGAAAGGAAGCAAGCAAACACUUGAACGAAUCAAUCAAUCGAUGAAUCAACCAAUCCAUUCCAGUAACAAUCGCUUGUAGCGAGGAAAAAGUGUGGCUUGUCAAAUUUGUCCUGUCGCAUCCUGGCAGGGGGCCGAAACCAAUUUAACAAAGGGUUUGCUAAUAUAUGGCUAAUAUACAC